UGUAGCAAAACAAGAAGAGCGAGUUUGUAGACAGAGGCACCUUUCGUUUUUUAAUUUGUUAAAUAUAUCUACCCCUCGUCUCAUUUCAACAUUAUUGUUUAUUCACAUGAGAGAGAUUUAGUUUCUCUGGUCAUCGCGAAGAAGAAAAAAGCAUGGGUGAUCAAGAUGAAUGUGCACGCGUUUUCAAGCGGUUUGAUGUGAACGGCGACGGCAAGAUCUCGUUGACGGAGUUUGCAGAGGCUCUCAAAGUGUUGGGAUUAACCUCACAGGAAGAAGUUGAACGUCGAAUGGAAGAGAUUGAUACAGAUGGUGACGGUUCCAUCACGUUGGAAGAGUUGAUUCAAUUUCGUGAUGCAAACCCUAACUUGAUGAACGAAGUUUUGCAGAAACUCUGAUCUUUUUGUCUUUUCAUUUCUUCGAUUCCUGUUCUUUUGUAAAAUCACUUUUCUAUUUAUCCUUUUAGCAUCUCCAAUUAAUUAAUAGCUUUCUAUUUGAGACA